UAGCGCUUGAAAUUGUCCUUCAGGUUGUUCGCGGUGCAAAUCAGGUGAUACUUCGGUUAUGAUAACCCUAUGGGUCACCUACCCUGGACAUUUAUUGUAAGAACUCUGUUUUUUUUACAAUUAGUACAAGAUUCGCCUUUUCGUUUUUACUUUUGGGGCUCAUAUCCAAUCGGAAAAGUACCCAAUUGUAAUAAUCCCGGGCGAUGGAGGGUGUCAAGCGUAUAGCAAGCUAAAAAACUCAACGUCACCUCCUUUUUUAGUAUGGAUAGACUUACGUUACUUUCUCGAACCGGGAAAACUAAAUGAAUACUUCGGCUUAGUUUACGAUCCAGUCAACAGAAAGUCUAGGGAUCCUGAUAACGCAGACGUAUAUUUCCCAGGUUGGGGUGAAACGUGGUCUAUUGAAAAUUUGGAUAGUUAUAGACAUAGCAGAACUGAAUAUUGUGGUCCAAUGAUUGAGUCAUUGCGUCGUGAUCCUUUCUUUGUAUCCAACUGGACUAUUCGCGGUGCACCCUUCGAUUUCCGUAAAGCUCCAAAUGAAAACGAGGGCUUCAAUGGCAAACUUAUGCACCUGAUUGAAGAAACUUAUCAAAAUGGAGGAAACCGGUCGGUUGUUUUGCUUGGCCAUAGUUUGGGGGCUAAAUACGGUAUGUACUUCUUAAAGUCAAUGAAGAAAAGCUGGAAGAAUACAUACAUCAAAACCUUUGUCUCACUCAGUGCGCCUCUUGGUGGUUCAGUAAAGGCUCUUAAAAUUGAAGCAAGUGGAGAUAACUUUGGUGUGUUUUUACGCAGUCCACUUAGUUUCCGCCCUGUUCAACGCACGCUACCUUCUCUUGCUUUUCUCCUCCCCGAUUCUCGUUUGUGGUCACCAAAGGAACCUCUUAUUAUAACGCCGACUACAAACUAUUCUGCUCAUGACUACGAACGUUUCUUCCAUGAUGUCAAUUAUUCGAUCGGCUUCCAGAUGAUGUUGGACAGUAAAUAUAUAAUUGAUACAUUCGAAAAACCAAGUGAUAUUGAUGAAAUCUAUUGUAUUCAUGGAGCAAAUUUGAGUACCACUGACAAAAUGAUUUAUUCACCGCCCAAUUUCUUUCAUAGUGGAUUUCCAGAUCAAGUGCCGACAUUGAUUCCUGGAAACGGUGAUGGAACUGUUAGUCUACGUAGUCUAGAAGUUUGUAAACGUUGGCCUGGUAUAAAAUACUUCAUGUUACCUGGGGCUGAACAUGUAAAUAUUAUGGGAGAUCCACGUUUUAUUGAUAUUAUUCAUCGAAUUGUUGGUGCUAACACAACUAAGACAUCAAAAUGUUGUUAGUUUUUUUUUCACUUUAUUAUUUACUUCUUCACUGUAAUAAGAUUCUCAUUUCAUUCAAUUUCCACCGAAUUAUUUGUUGCAACAUGGGAUGAUGGUCAAGGUAGACUGCAAAGUAUCAGACACAUGAUUGUGAUUGUAUUAAAUGUCAUGUGGAUAUACUCGAACUUGAACAAUAUUUCUGUUUCAAUGUGGACAAAAUCAGGAUAAUAGAAGUAAUGUUUUCUGUAUUGUUUUUAGGUCCUCAUAAUUUAUUUCUGUUAUUAUGGUAUUUUAUUAAAAAGUUCUUGAUUU